AUGAGCUUCGUACCCCAGUGGACUUUGUGUUUGGAUCUCCCCGAGCAGGAAGUGUGCGGGGACCCCGGGUUGGACUACCUCCACAACCUCCUCGCCCGGCUCCGAGAGGUGCAUCAGUUGACCAGGCAGGCUCUCCGAGAUGCAGGCUCCUGGCAGAAGCGAGCUUAUGAUACCCGCUGCAAGGGGGAAGGACUCUCACCCGGUCAGCAUAUGUGGGUCUACAGCUUGGAGAGGAAGAAAGGGCUUUCUCCCAAACUGAUGAGCCAGUGGGUUGGACCCUGCACUGUUCUCGAGAGGCUGUCCGACGUGGUCUACAGGGAACGGCUGGUCAAACGGAACAGGGUGGUCGUACUCCAUCGUGAUCGCCUGGCACCCUAUCAGCCCAUCCAGGGAGGAGUCAGGGAGGACGACAGCUCUGCUGGAUGGACUCUGAGGAGAAACACAAGCACACGACAGAGGACUCAGUGUGGAGAUGGGUGGGGAGAAGUAAAUGGUUCUACGUGUAAGAUCAGUUUAACAGUACCUCAUGACAGUGGAGUUUACUGGUGUGAGUCCAGAGAGGGUCCCAUCAGUAACAUGGUUAACCUGACAGUCACUGGUGAAUCAGUGAUCCUGCAGAGUCCUGUCCUCCCUGUGAUGGAGGGAGAUGACGUCACUCUGCUCUGUAAAACAAAGACCACUCCCUCCAACCUCCCAGCUGCUUUCUAUAAAGAUGGCUCCCUCAUCAGGAAGCAGCCUACAGGUCACAUGACCAUCCAGCAUGUUUCCAGGUCUGAUGAAGGCCUCUACAAGUGUGACAUCAGCGGUCAUGGAGAGUCUCCAUCC